AUGCUAAGCAGAAAACGAUUGUAAUAUUUGUGUUACAGGAAAAUAUAGUAACAAUUUUGGAUAAUGUGAAGAUUUUCCUUCAAUUUGUACAUCUUGCACUUUGAGCGAUAAUUGUUAAUCAUGUAUUGAUGGUGAAAAAGUGUAUGUUCAAAAUGCUUAAAAAGUUCUCAAUGCAACUUAAUGCAUAACUGGGUAUUACGUAAAAGGAUACAAAUACGCAGAUAAUUGUACAACUUGUUUUGAUUUAUCAAAUAAUUGUGCUUCAUGUAUUUCCUCUUUCUCAUUAAUAAAGAAGAAAUGGUUCAAAUGUACAAGUUCUGCGACAUGUGUUAGAACUCUUGCACUGAAUGCUAUCUUAUGAAAAAUAAAAUUAUUUGGUUUCUAAUAAUAAAUGUUAAACUUGUACGCAAAAAAUUAAGUAAUGUUCUGUUUUAACUGAUCGUUGUUUUGAAUGCUCGCCUGGUUUUUUUUAGGGGAUUUGAAUUGUGUAAAAUGUAAUCCUUAUUGUUAGCUGUUUACGGACAGGCAUACUUGAACAGGUUGCUCCAAUGGGUACUAUCUAAAUGUUGGUGAUUGUUUACCUUGUCCUAUUCAAUAUUCAGAUGAUUGUACAUUUCAAUCAGAGUCCGAAAGUGUUAGGAACCUUGUUUAAAUUGUUACGCAUCACAGUGUAACAUGCAACAUUUAGUUGUAUGUACAUCCUGCUUUUAGGGUAUGCUACUGGAUUCAUAAUAUGAGUAUCAAUAUUUUGCAUACGAUUUAAUAAAGGGUCCCAUCUAUAUCCAUGCAUAGCAUGUUCAAAUUACAAAACAAAUUUGUCAUUUUUGCGAAUCACGAUAUUAUUUAGAAGUUAAUAAAUGCAAAAUCUGUUCAGAAAGAUGCUUUGCUUGUUCAGAUGAAAAUACUUGUUUAAGAUAUUAAGCUGGAUAUUAUUUACAAAAUUAUGAAUGUAUCGUGUGGGGCCAUUGUUACACUUGUUUCUCUGAAAAUUAUUGUUAUGAAUGCUAAGUUGAAUAUUAACCAACUAAUUCAUAUCUAUAUUAAUGCUAUAAAAUGUAAUUCUGAUUAAUGUGCUAUUUGUACUAAUGCUUCAGAUUGUAAAGUUUGUUAAUAUGGCUAUUACCUGGAUUAUUUGGAAAAAUUUGGAAUUGCAAAUAAUUUAAACAGGGUAGGUGCUUUAAAGGCUGCUUUCACAAGAGAUCCAUCUAAAGAAUUAAUUAUGGCAUUUAUUGAUCCAACAGAAUUCUUUAGUCGCAAAAAAAAUUUAUAUAAUUAACUACUCGUUAGAUAUUGUUUAUAUCUAAGAUAAGAAAUAAUUAAUUAUACUGAAGUAUUCAUUUUUUUUUGA